AUGAAAAAGCAAAUAGAUAAAACAAUAUCAUCAUCAACUGAUCAGAUCUCUACAUUCAAUCAUAAAUCACCUAUUCAACAUCAAUCUAUAUCUAAGAUAAAUAAACAUUAUAAAGAAUUUCAACAUGCAUUGCAUACACUUGAAGUAGCUGCGAAAGAAUUGUGGCAUUUAGAGCUUGAUCAUUUAUCUAAUCAUGAGUCAGUAUCAUCAAAAUUAUCUAAUACUAAAUUUGAUCCACAAGUUCCAUCCAUUUAUAGUUGCCGAACUAUUUUACCAAUAAGUAGUGAAACAAACCAGACAAAAAACGAAACAUUUUCUAAUAUCAAUUCACCAAAUAUUGCUCAUACUAAUUCAAUAGUUAGUACUCAUAAAAUUCUACCAAAUCAAAUUGAUCAAUCAAAUAUUCAAUCUGUACCUCAUACGCAAAAAUCUACCGAAACAUUUCGUUCAAUCAAUAAACAACAAAGUGAAUCUGGAUCUGGUGACAAUUCUAUUAAAUAUUGCACAAAAUCAGCAAUAUUACAUUUAAAAUUUCGAUGUUCAAAACACACACACACAUAA